CCACCGCGCAGGCGGAGCCCCAGGCAGGAAGUCGCGCACUUGGCGGGGUUGGUUGUCUUGAGGCCUUCUUCGCGUGGGCCUGGUGGGUCCUGAUCAUCCUCUGGCCAGGGUUACUGAUCCGUCUGCUCCAGAGGUUCACAAAGUACAGUCCGCAGGCCAGCGUCAUCAUCUGGGAACUUAGGAAAAAACCAGCCCUACUGGAUCAGAAACUGGAGAUGUGGCCCAGGCAAUCUCUUACCAAGACCUCCAGGUGAUUAUAAUGCAAGGAAGGAUUCCCUGUCUUGGAUGUGAGUCUGCUUUCUUGAAGAAAACUUGACUUUAUUUCAUUCAGUGGGAAGAGCAGCAGCACAGCUAUUAAGUUCUAAUGUGCAAUUGGCUGCAAGCUGUGAAGUGUUCGUGGCAGUAGACUCUGAAGCUAAGGAGCUGAGGGCUUAACAAGUUUCUAGAAGCUGCCAUUAACAUGCCAAGUCAGUAAAACUGAAAGCUGGCCAGAUUUCAAGGUCUGGGGAGGAUAUCCACUGCAUACUGGGUCGUGAGCUCUAGAGAGCUACACCUUGCUAAACUAAAAGAAUUAUCUUACCUACUAUCUUUGUUCAAGGCUCAAUGGAAUUUGUGGCGGCCCUGGCUGACCUCCGAGCAGAGGCUAGCUGUCCCAUCUGUCUGGACUACUUGAAAGACCCAGUGACCAUCAACUGUGGGCAUAACUUCUGUCUCUCCUGCAUCAUUAUGUCCUGGAAGGAUCUAGAUGAUAGUUUCCCCUGCCCCUUUUGCCACUUUUGCUGUCCAGAAAGGAAAUUUGUAAGCAAUCCCCAGCUGGGUAGUUUGACUGAACUUGCUAAGCAACUCCAGAUAAGAAGCAAGAGGAAGAGGCAGGAAGAGAAGCAUGUGUGUAAGAAGCAUAAUCAGCUUUUGACUUUCUUCUGUCAGAAAGACCUAGAGCUUUUAUGUCCAAGGUGCAGUUUCUCCACUGAUCACCAGCAUCACUGUGUUUGGCCCAUAAAGAAGGCUGCCUCGUAUCAUAGGAAGAAACUGGAGGAAUAUAAUGCACCGUGGAAGGAGAGAGUGGAACUAAUUGAAAAAGUCAUAACUAUGCAAACCAGAAAAUCACUGGAACUGAAGAAACAGGUAAAACAUAGGGCAGAAGAAGUCAAGUCUGAAUUUGAGCAACUUAGGUUAUUUCUGCAAAAUCAGCAAGAGACUGUUCUUAGGCAAUUACAAGAUGAAGAGAUGGAUAUUUUAGCACAACUAAAUGAAAGCCUAACAAAAUUUUCAGAUUAUACCUCCUCAUUAAAAUAUCUCCUAAAGGAGAUAGAGAGCAUACAUGUGAAGUCAGAACUGGAAUUACUGGCUAAUGUUAAGGAUAUCUAUCACAGAUAUAAAAAUUUAAAAUUCCCUGAACCUUUUUCAUUCAAAUUAAAAGAAUAUGGUUACCAUCUGCCUCCACAGUAUUCUGGCCUAAACAAAAUCAUCAAGCGAUUUCAAGUAGAUGUAAUUCUAGAUCCUGAAACAGCACAUCGUAAACUUAUAGUCUCAGAAGAUAGAAAAACUGUGCGGUAUGGAAAUACAACACAAAACUUACCUCGUAACCCAAGAAGAUUUUAUCUCCUCCCAGCUGUCCUGGGUUCUAAGGGAUAUAGCUGUGGCAGGCAGUACUGGGAAGUAGAAGUGAAAGACAAGCCUGAAUGGAUUCUUGGUGUCUGUAAUGACUCUCUUCCCAGAAGGAGGAAGAGUCAACCAAUUUUAGUACAGGAUGGACUAUGGGGAAUUUGGCGAUCUAGUCAGAAUAAUUAUAUUGUAUUGGGCCAUAAGGAAAUUAUUCUGCUGCCCAAAGUAACACCUAGUAAGAUUGGCAUUUUCUUAGACUAUGAAAUGAAUGAGGUUUCCUUUUAUAAUUUGAAUGAUAGAUCUCUUCUCUAUACUUUUAAUGAUGAUUUUACAGGAGCACUUUGGCCUUAUUUUUAUACUGGAACUGACUCAGGACCUCUUAAAAUUUCUACAGUAACAGAUUCUGAAUGAACUAGUAGAAGACUCAUUUUCUUUCACCUAUUGGACAUAACUGAGCCAGUGAAUCUAGUUUUGGCCAUUCUGUAUUUUGUCCAGUUUUUCCCACAAAAAAACAACAUUUUUUAUCUCAGUUUCAGCAACUUCCAAAAAAUGUGAUUAUGGGACCUACUUUAUGAUAAAUUAUGGGGUCAAUGACAAGGUAGUUUAGAAAGUCUACAGUAAAAUACUUGAAAAAUCUAUUACUGAAUAAAUGUAUUAUGUAAGAAAAUAUAUUACUUUUGUAAUUGCCAAUAAAGCCCAAUAAUUUUUUUCUGUAUUA